AUGGGUCACCAAUCCAAACACAACGGAUCGAACAACUCCUACAGUUCUUCUUCACACAAGAAAUCACAAGGAGGCGGCAUGCUUGGCCCCUUCAUUUAUGACACGAGAUCUGUCCCGGAAAUGCAGUACCAGUGCGCUCCAGUGUCGACUGACCAGCGACGCCAAGAGAUGAGGUACCGUCUUGAUACCUUCGACCAACAAUUCAACGCGCAGGCUGGUCAGGCCAUGUACCAACAGUCGUAUUCUGGUACUCCAAGAUGA